UGAUAGAAGGCCAGCCUACACAGUAAUUCUGAGAGUGACAGGUAGCUUCAAAGCUCCACGUUUUGUUAGUACAUAUUGUCGCCUACAAACCCCUUUGCCAACUACGACGCUCCUUCUCAACGAAUCGAAUCGAACACGGACAGUUUCCGAACGGAAUAUAUACCUAGAUACUACGAGCUACCUAUUCUUCAUUACGUCGACUUGUUAGCUAUCAUGGAUGCCACGCAACCACAGCCCGCGCCGGGCAGUCUUAGCUGGCGCCUCAGCGCGCAUCCUAUUACGCUGCUCACGUUUCUCGGAUUCCGGAUAUCAAGUGUCCUGAUCUACUUUCUCGGUCUGUGGAUCAUAAAAAGCAUGAUCAUGAUCUUCAUCAUUACGAUUCUCCUCCUCGCCGCCGACUUCUACUACAUCAAGAACAUUGCCGGUCGUCGACUUGUAGGUCUGCGAUGGUGGAAUGAGGUCGAUCCCCAAACGGGAGAGUCGCAGUGGGUAUUUGAGAGCAGCGAGCCAGGUACCAAGACUGUCAACCCGACUGAUAGCCGCUUUUUCUGGCUUGCUCUGUAUAUCCAACCUAUGUUGUGGGUUCUCAUGGCUAUUCUUGCUCUUGUGCGACUGCAGUUCUUGUGGUUGCCCCUCGUUGUUAUUGCUCUUGUCCUCACCAUCAUGAACACUCUAGCCUUCUCGCGAUGUGACAAGUUCAGCAACGCUUCCAGCAUCGCUGGUAGCGCUUUUGGAACUGGCAAUCUGGCCGGAAGCCUCGCAAGCAACAUGGUCAGCAACUGGUUUUCUCGCAGCUAAGAAAAAAGAAAAAGGCGAGGAGUGGGCUUCGAAUGGACGAAGCCGAGCGAAUCUUGCCUAACCGUCACUCCCCUUGACUGGACAAAAAAGGGGAACUUGGCCUGUGUUUUGUGUUAGGGCUUUGCGAGGAAGACAUUGAUGCCCGGUAUGAGUCGUUGAAAUUGUAAAUUAAAAUUGCAGGGUUGGUUUCUUGAUCACUGGGUGCGAGUUUUCGACGACGAUUUGCAGUUUCACAUCGCCUGUGGGUGAGAAAUGUAUGAAUAAUAGCUUGAUCAGUUACCGUUUUGGGGUCAAUCAUGCACAACCUAACUAAAUCGCUCUCGCUAUGAGGAUUGCUUGACGCUCUCGACAUUUGGCCGCUAAUUGUGUUUAUGAUAGCACCAAAUUCCAUGUUUCCAUGACCGCUGUAACGAGCAAAC